AUGACCCCACACACACAAACACGCACGCACUCACCUUUGGGACCCCCCCUCAAAGCCCCCCGAGUGGGGUGGGGGGGCUGGAUGGGGCUCUGGAGUCUGCAGCUCCCCCCCCUCAAAAGGAGGGUGGGGGGUGCUGCCCUUCCCUGGCACCAUCGCCCUGCCAGCCCCACAGCCUGGGGAAGGGGGUCUGGGGGUGUCCCCAACCCUGAGGGGGUCCCUGGGGGAUUUGGGGCACACAGGACCCCAGGGACAUCAACCCAUAGGGGUUCCUGGGGGGUUUGGGGUGCACAGGACCCCAGAGACAUCAACCCCGAGGGGUCCUUGUGGGGUUUGGGUUGCCCAGACCCUCAGGGACAUCAACCCCGAGGGGUCCCUGUGGGGUUUGGGGUGCACAGGACCCCGGGGACAUCAACCCUGGGAGGUUUGGGGUGUCCAGACCCUCAAGGACAUCAAUCCCAAGGGGUAUCUGGGGGGUUUGGGGUGCACAGGACCCCAGACACAUCAACCCCAAGGGGUCCCUGUGGGGUGUUGGGGUGCCCAGACCCUCAGGGACAUCAACCUGGGAUGGUCACUGUGGGGUUUGGGGGACACAGGGACCCUGUCCUGGGGAUCCCUGUGGGGUUUGGGGUGCACAUCAUGGGACUCAUCCAUGGACUCAUCCUGUUCUCUCCCCCUUUCCCCCACCCCUCAUCUGCUGCUUGGCCCUGGGGGACCCUGUGGGUUGGGGAGGGGGAGGGGAGCUGUUUUAUGGACUGUCUUGGGGGGGGGGGGUGUCUCUGUUCCAUGUCAGUGUUAUUAAAAAGCUUAUUUAUUAUCAGAAAUAUAACACCUACCUAUGUGCAGCCCUGCCUGGCCCUGUGCUUUGGGGAGGGAUCCUGCUUUUUGGAGGCUGGUGGGAGUUUGGGGAUGUGUUGGUGUCACUGGCGAUGGUGACACC